UCGAACGCACACCCCCACGCUCGCUCGCUCGCCCACCAGUUCGCUCGCUAUCCCAUCAUCUCACGCCCACCGGAUUGCAGAACUGAUAAACUGAUAAAUCAGAUUCUCAGAUUAGGAGACAAAAUUGAUCUCCGGUGAUUUUUUAGUUUUAUUGUUUAUUUUGUUUCUUUCUUUAAAAGUCUCCUCUUCCCCUGCUUGCAUACACGAUAUUAUAUAACCCCCCCCCCCCCCUCCUUCCUUUAUCCAUUUACCCUCCCCACCAUUGGCAACUACAGCCAAUUGAGGCAUUGAAACAGCUUUUAUUCUUUGUUUUUUUAUCGUAAUUAUUCUUAUGAGAAAUGAAUCAAGCACUUUUUCAUUUGAAUUAAGAAAAGAGUAUAUAUUUUGCGAAAAGGUACAUGCAUUUUAUAGAAAAUACCUGGUGAUUUAAGAUGUAAAACACUAUUUUCCAAACUGACACGUAAAGAAAAAAACUAACAUUUCAAUAAGAAAAAAAAAAAAAAAAAAAUUAUUUUCAUAACAUGACUAAAAAAAACAGAAAAUGAAAAAUACUUUUAGCCAAUAAAAGUAUGCAAUAGAACAAGAGAUAAACACAAGAGAAAGAGAAAGAAAGAAAUAAUAGAAAAUGAACAUGGAAAGCUUAGGCGAAUAGUGCCAGUCGCAAUUUUCAUCCAACACGACUGAAAGAUUGGCGCGACCUGAAAGGAUAUGAAAAAAGCCAGUAGAGUUAAUGAAUUUCUUUGGCUUCAAGAGAAUAUAAGAGGAUCCAGAUCAUUACGGAGACAAGAGGUUCUAUAGCAUCGCUCAAGAUCGCCUUCGAGACAAACUCAAGUAGAGGGUUGUUAAUCUGAAGAGAAAUCGCCUUCAGUGAUGGGGACACUAGAGAGCAGGUGGAUAUAAGGAAUAGUGAUAAACCCAAUCGGAAACGCCCAAAGGAAUUUUCCAUUGUGCGAGAAUGCUCUUUGGUCAGUAUGGAAAUUCGUGUGUGUGAUCACGGUCGAAAUGCAAGGCUGUAUAUGUGAAUGAAUUAUAUUGAACGUUAUUAGUCGAGGUGUCGUAGUUUCCCCCGCGCUCCGUGUUUCGGACCCCUACUCGUCAACCGCCAAGAUGAACGACUCGAUCGACUUCGACCUGUCCGACGUGAACGGCUCGUUCCCGCUCAACUGCACGUACCUGAACGCCGUCGACCGCGAGAUGGAGCGCAACUGCAGCCUGGGUCUGUUCACGGGCGACAGCUCCUCCAUCCACAUGGUGACCAACAUCAUCAUGCAGGCCUGCUACGCCGUUGCCUUCCUGGUGGGCCUCUGCGGCAACACGCUCGUCAUCUACGUGGUGACGCGCUUCUCCAAGAUGCAGACGGUGACCAACCUGUACAUCGUGAACCUGGCCAUCGCCGACGAGCUGUUCGUGGUGGGCAUCCCGUUCCUCAUGAUGACGUCCGCCAUGGGCUACUGGGCCUUCGGCUCCAUCAUGUGCAAGCUGUACAUGAUCACGACGUCGCUCAACCAGUUCACCAGCUCGCUCUUCCUCACCAUCAUGAGCGCCGACCGCUACAUCGCCGUCUGCCACCCCAUCAGCUCCAACAAGUUCCGCACGCCCAUGAUCUCCAAGCUGGUGUCGCUGACGGCGUGGACCAUCUCGGCGCUCAUGAUCGUGCCGGUGUUCAUGUACUCGAACACGCUCAAAGUCAACGACCUGAUCAACUGCAACAUCUUCUGGCCCGACGGCUUCGGCGUGAGCGGCCAGUUCGUGUUCACGCUCUACUCGUUCAUCCUGGCCUUCGGCAUCCCGCUUGUGCUCAUCUUCAUCUUCUACAGCCUGGUGCUGCACAAGCUCAAGACGGUGGGGCCGAAGGCGAAGUCCAAGGAGAAGAAGAAGAGCCACCGCAAGGUCACCAAGAUGGUGCUCACCGUCAUCACCGUCUACGUGAUGUGCUGGUUGCCCUACUGGGUGCUGCAGCUGGCGCUCAUCUUCAGCCCGCCGCGCGAGGGCCAGAGCUCCUUCAUGAUCGUUUUGUUCCUCAUCUCCUCGUGCCUCUCCUACAUCAACUCUGCCAUCAACCCCAUCCUGUACGCCUUCCUCAGCGACAACUUCAAGAAGAGCUUCAUGAAGGCGUGCAUCUGCGCCGCCCGCAAGGACGUCAACAGCGCCCUCACCGUCGAGAACUCGGUGUUCCCGAGGCGGAGGGGCGGCUCCUCCAACCCUCGCGGCGGAGGGGGCAAGGGAGGCCACGAACUUGAGUCCAACGACGCCUUCACGACCCACGACAUCAGGGACGAGCCCACGACCGCCAUCACCAUGACGACCACGCGAUCUUCCGCCAGCCAGGUCGCCAAGGAGAACGGCGCCCUCGUCAACUCGCAGUUCUGAAGGAGACCCGCGGCAGAGGGCGCGUGAGGGGAGGGCGAGGAGACGUCAUCUCACCACAGCUAAGCUUCACCUCCGUUGCCAUGGUAACGAGGGAAUGGGGAAGGAGAGGACGAUUGCGAACUAAUUAUCUCAUCGGUGCUAAAAGGGGACAGGGAACAACCGGAAAAAAAAGAAUAUAAGGAAAGGCAAGGAAAGGAGAAGAGAGAAGAGGCAGAGGAAAAUCUUCUAAAGGUCAAAGAAUAAGAGGAUGAGCGAUAUGACGUCACUUUUACAGGAUGAUGUCAUUGCUGUGUGAUGUCAUUUAUUAUGUCGCUGUUGUAGGAUGACGUCAGUUUUCGAAGAUGACAUCAGUGUUAUAGAAUGACGUCAUAGUAGCGCGAUCACGUCACUGUUGUACAAUGGCAUCACUGUUGUGAGAUGACGUCAUCGAUGCGUGACACCAUACUCGCAAAAUGUUUAUGUAAAUAUAUCUUAGAAUAAUGGACAUUAAAGAGAAAAAAAUGUCCUUAACACUAAUCCUGUUUAUUUUGUAUCUAUGGGAAUAAUAUUAGAUGGUUUGUCAUUAUUUUGCAUCAUCAUACUCCGUGAAUAAGCUAGAUUUAAGGAAAAAUGGUAUCGGUAGAUUUACCUUAACAAUGAG